AUGAGUUACGCUAAGGAAAAGGGACACUUCACUGAAAAGCAGAGCCGACAUAAACAAUGGGGUAACCCAUCGGAAACGCACCAAUGGCGGCGAUUUCUAGUCAGGAUUCGGAGGGCACAGCGCCGUCGACAGACGAAUCUCCAGGGGGGAGGGAGGGGAGAUUGCCGUGUAGGCAUAUUAAUUUGCUCUGUGGAGGAACCUCUCGGGAUGGAAGAUGGUCGCAUCAAGGAUGAACGCAUCACAGCUUCGUCUUUUUGGCAAAACGACGCUGAUUAUGCCCCACCCAAGGCCAGGCUUAAUACUCAACGACGCCCUGCAGCAUGGUGUAAUGAUAAAACUACUGAUGACAUCAGUCCGUGGAUACAGGUUGACUUCAAUGGCAUAGUCACCAUCACUGGCCUGAUCACCCAGGGGCGCGGAGAUAGCCCCCGCCAAAGGGUGGAGGAGUACCAAGUGACGUACAGCGAAGAUGGUCAGUCCUGGAAUAACGUGACUGAUGCAGACGGCACACCAAUAAAGUUCCCUGGUAACAAGGACAGGAACACCCCGGUAACUACUCACCUACCGUUUGCCUUGCGCACCAGAAUCCUGCGCAUUCACCCCACUGCAUGGAACCACCAUUGCAGCAUGAGGUUUGAAGUGAUUGGCUGCUAUUAG